AAUACAAACUUACGAAGUAUAAAAAAUGCUCAAUCCCGCGAAGAACUAAAAUCGGCACGGGAGAGUGAAAGAGAGGGGAGAGUGAAGGAAGCAAUGACAGAUCUCUUACCUCCCCGGUCUCCUACAGAUCUAUUUGGAGAUCCAAUUGAUUCUCAGCCUCUCUGGUUCAAGAAGAAUGCAUUCUUGGAGGAGAAUUUCGAUUCAGAAGCCUACAUCACAGAUCUCAGAACAUUCGUUCCCUUCGAUAAUCUUCGAUCGGAGCUUCAAACUCAUCUGUCAUCGCUUAAGCACGAGCUUGUGGAGCUUAUUAAUAGAGAUUAUGCAGAUUUCGUGAACCUUAGCACCAAGCUCGUUGACGUCGAUGGAACAAUCUUGCGGAUGAGAGCUCCUCUGACCGAGCUUCGCGAAAAGAUCUCGCAGUUUAGGGGGAGUGUCGAGUCCUCGCUUGCCGCGUUGCAGAAUGGGUUGCGUCAGAGAGCAGAGGCAUCGGCUGCCAGAGAGGUUCUGGAACUUCUGCUUGAUACGUUUCAUGUUGUUUCCAAGGUUGAGAAACUUAUAAAGGAAUUACCUAGCGUCCCAUCUGAUUGGUCAAAUGGAGACGUGAAUUCUACAGAAAAAGGUUCUUUGCAGCAUACCGAGAAUGGAACAAAUUUCAGAGAGACACAAAGCAUGCUCUUGGAGAGGAUCGCUAGUGAGAUGAACCGGUUGAAGUUCUACAUGGCUCAUGCACAGGACCUUCCUUUCAUUGGGAACAUGGAGAAAAGGAUUCAGAGUGCUAGCUUAUUAUUAGAUGCUAGCUUAGGACGCUGUUUUAUAGAUGGGUUGGAACAUCAUGAUGCGAAUACAAUUUACAAUUGUUUGCGUGCCUAUGCUGCAAUUGAUAACACUAAUGGUGCAGAAGAAAUUUUCCGCACAACUAUUGUAUAUCCAUUGAUUCAGAAAAUUAUCCCCAACAGCUCUUCACAGUCAAUGGCUGCAGUUUCUGUAGAUGAACUUGAAGAGGAUUAUCAACAAAUCAUUGAACAUAUUGAGAAUGGCUGCAAAUUUUUAUUGGAAAUUUCUUCCUCUGCCAAUUCAGGUCUCCAUGUAUUUGACUUCUUGGCAAAUUCAAUACUUAAGGAGGUUCUUUCGUCUAUCCAAAAGGGAAAACCAGGAGCAUUCUCUCCAGGAAGACCCACUGAAUUCUUGAAAAAUUACAAAUCAAGCCUAGCUUUUCUGGAUUAUCUUGAAGGGUACUGUCCCUCCAGAUCUGCUGUUGUUAAGUUUCGAGCUGAGGUUGUUUAUGUAGAAUUCAUGAAACAAUGGAACAUUGGUGUUUAUUUCUCAUUGAGGUUUCAGGAGAUAGCUGGGGCUCUGGAUUCUGCACUUAUGGUGGCUAGUCUUACUCCAGUUCACAACUCACAUUCCAGUCAAGGAAAUUCUGGAGUGUUAACUUUAAAGCAAAGUGUAACCCUUCUGGAGAGCUUGAGAUCCUGCUGGAAAGAAGAUGUGCUUGUUUUUUCUUGCUCUGAUAAAUUUCUUCGACUAUCUUUGCAGCUUCUCUCCAGGUAUUCCACAUGGUUGUCUUUCGGACUGACUAUUCGGAGAACUGGUAACACUGGCUCCAAUCCUGGGUUUGAAUGGGCUGUUUCUGCAGUUCCAGAAGAUUUCAUCUAUGUGAUGCAUGACAUUGAUUGUCUGGUUACUGAGCUUAGUGGUGACUACCUUGGACAUGUAAUUCAGAUUCUAGCUUCAUGCUCUCCAGAAGUACUUGAUCCAGUGAAACAGAGCAUUUUACAGGGUGCAAAUUCUUUAAAGGAUUUAGCACCUCUAGCUAUGAAUACAAUGAUAGAAGCGCUUGUUGAGAAAUCUCUUGAGACAUUGAGACAGGUGAAAGGGGUGACUGCAACAUACAGGAUGACCAACAAACCUCUUCCAAUAAGGCAUUCACCCUAUGUAUCAGGGAUAUUGUAUCCUCUGAAGACUUUUCUUGAUGGAGAACGUGCCACCACAUAUUUAACCAUGGAAGCAAAAAACAAACUGCUUCUAGGGGCUGCUGAAGAGAUUACUGGCCGAUAUUAUGAACUGACUUCAGAAGUUGUCAAUGUGGCAAGGAAAACAGAGUCCUCGCUACAGAGGAUUCGGCAGGGUGCACAAAGGCGAGCAGGGGCAAGCUCUGACGUAUCUGAGCAAAAUGUGUCGGACACAGACAAAAUCUGUAUGCAGUUAUUCCUUGAUGUUCAGGAAUAUGGACGCAACCUUUCUGCUCUUGGGGUCGUGGCAACCAACAUUCCAACAUACCGUUCCCUGUGGCAGUGUGUUGCUCCUUCAGAUAGGCAAAAUACGAUUGAAUUCUGAUGCGAACUCUAGUUCAAAAGCAUUAUUCAUAUAUAUAUAUAUAUAUAUUUUUCACUUAUAUAGUGUUCCCGUACAUGAUUUUGUAGUCUAUAAUGAUUUUGAAUUAUGUGAUCCGUUUUUCUGUUUUGUUUUCUUA